GAUGCUACCAAGGAGGAUAACAUCACAUUACAUUAUAAUACAAUUAUAGCAAAAUUUGGAUUUUUUAGGUUUGAAUGUAUGUAGCAGAGAAAUUAAACAAGGGAGACUCAUCAGCUUGUCUCAUGCAACAACAACCAUUCUGUUAUGCCUCUGGCUUUCCCAAAGAAGCCAACAAGAGCAACCCAAAUAAUGCACUUGGACAAUCAGUCUCAUUUGGGAGGUUCAUGCCAGAGUCCCUGGCAUGGGAGAAAUGGUCUACUUUCUCUCACAACCGCUAUGUUGAAGAGGCAGAGAGGUUUACACGGCCCGGUUCGGUUGCACAGAAGAAAGCUUUCUUUGAAGCUCACUACAUGAAACUUGCUGCUCAAAAGGCAGCUGCUUUGCUUGAACAAGCAAACAGUGCCUCACAGACACAGCAAGAACAAGAAGAGGCCAUAGUUGAUAACACGCAUAAUUUGAACAUGACUAGUCCAAAAUCUAAGCUAGUUCUCCUUGAAGAAAAUGCACAGGUUUUUAACUCUGAGCCAGAUGCCACUACCUAUAAUUCAAAUUCAAAUACAGAUGCUGCUUUACCUCAAAGUGACAUGUUAGGAGGAGCUCAACCACUGAUAGAUCACCAAGCUUUUGUGGUUAAGUUGCAAAAUCAGCUUGGAAAAGUUGAUAACUACAAGGAGCCAAGUGAAGAGGGUACAAACUUUGAUCAGAAUAUUUUGCAAUCAACGGGCAAGAAGAAACAAGCUGUUUCUUCAUUCAAGUUGUUAAAAGUUAUUGGUACCCCCAAGUUCAACUCUACACCAGUGAAAUCAAAAACUCCUAGUCAUUCUAGUAAAGAUGGUAUUGCUACCCCAAUGAGCAAUAAUCCUGCACUAACCUCUUCUAAAAAAGAAGGAUCAACUUCUAAGUUACCUCACAUGUCACUUAAUUUCACACUAGUUAGAGAAAUCAAUAAAUUGACCGUAUCAUUGGUGAGGAAAUUUGGAAGUACUGGAGUUGGAGCUAGUUCUUCCAAGGCUUCAAAGGAUAGCUCGACUCUUAUAAAGACCACAACUAAGGCUUCUAAGAAUGAGUCUCAAAAGCAUUCUUCAUUUACUCCGUUAACAGAAGCGCAAAGAAGUAAAAGGAAAACCCCCAUUAUAUCCUCCCCAUUUAGGUUGAGCACCGAAGAAAGAGCUUCAAUUAGAAAGAAGAAACUUGAGAAAGUGUGCAAUGCUAGUGAAUCACAGAAAGUGCAGCCACAUACAAAAUUCAAGGAGAAAGCAGAGACAAAGAUUAGAAAACUAAGUCAGAGAAUUUGUUUCAAAGCAGGGUCAUCACCUGAUUUUUACCAGGAUAGAGAAGCAUCACAAAAGGAUCGAUUAACACCUCCUGAGUCACCCAAAGAGGGAAGAAAACCCACUUUAAGUGUCGUAGAGAGUAAAAGUUCUUUACCUCGUAAUAGACCUUUCCAGGGAAAGAAUUGUGGCACCAUGACUCUGCCUCGCACUUCAAAUUCCUCUAUGAUUACUACUCAUGAAAAUACAUCUCCAAAUAUUCAGCAUAGAAAUCCAAAUGAUAGAAAUUACAAACAAUUUUAGGGAGUACACUAUUAAUGUGUAAUGCACUUCUACUUUUGUAGCCAAAGAUCAUAGUUAAUAUGUAAAUAUAGCUUCAUGAAAAUGAGGCUUCUGGUGUGCGUGUUUUGGGUAUAUGGCUGUAUGGUAUGACCCUAUGGCAUGACUUAUUACUAUUUCUUUUUUCUCGUAUUUUUUUUUUCUCCUU